UGGCCAUAUACUAAUAUUUCAAAUCCAUCCCUUUGUAUCCUCCUUCCUUCUUCCCAUCUCUCCUUCCCUCCUUCCUUCCUCCUCUAUUAACCCAUCCUUACUCUCUAAAACCCUUUUCUCUUCUGUAAAUUUUAUAAGCAAACAACGCUAUUUUUCUUCUUUCAUAAAACUCUAUCUUCAAGCUUUUCUCUGUUACUAUGGCGGUAGCAGAGCUAUCACCUGCUUAUACAAAAACCACCCGUUUGCACACUUCCCAGCUCGCUCUUUCCCCCACCCGUUUCUCAGACUGCUGCCGUCGACAGUUCCGGCUCAUACCCAGAACCCAAAAUGUCAGAAUCUCCUGCUCUGUUGCACCAAAUGAAGUUCAAGUUCCUGUUGCCAUUCCAGCAGAAGGCCCUAAGAGCAAAAGUGAGUGCUUUGGUGUGUUCUGCCUCACUUAUGACCUCAAGGCUGAAGAAGAGACAAAAUCUUGGAAGAAAUUGAUUAAUAUUGGAGUUUCAGGUGCUGCCGGGAUGAUAUCUAACCAUCUAUUAUUCAAAAUUGCAUCGGGUGAGGUUUUUGGCCCAGAUCAACCAGUCGCUUUAAAAUUAUUGGGGUCCGAAAGAUCACUGCAAGCGCUUGAAGGGGUUGCAAUGGAACGAGAUUCCUUAUUCCCUUUGUUGAGGGAGUUCGUAUAGAUAGAUCCGUAUGAGAUUUCAGAUGCAGAAUGGCUCUCUAANUUAGAUGAAAAUAGAGCGAAAUGCCAGCUCGCUCUCAAAGCUGGUGUAUUCUAUGAUCAAGUGUCAAAUAUGACCAUCUGGGGAAACCAUUCAACCACUCAGGUUCCGGACUUUCUGAAUGCUAAAAUCAAUGGCUUGCCUGUCAAAGAGGUUAUCAAGGAUCACAAGUGGUUAGAAGAAGAAUUCACCGAGAAGGUCCAGAAGAGAGGUGGCGUGUUAAUACAGAAAUGGGGAAGAUCAUCUGCUGCAUCCACUGCUGUAUCAAUUGUUGAUGCCAUAAAGUCGUUAAUAACUCCGACGCCCGAGGGUGACUGGUUUUCUUCUGGAGUAUAUACUAAUGGAAAUCCUUAUGGCAUAGCAGAGGAUAUUGUCUUCAGCAUGCCAUGUAGGUCAAAUGGUGACGGUAAUUAUGAAUUCGUAAAAGAUGUAAUAUUUGAUGAAUACCUUCGCAAGAAAAUUAAAAAGACAGAAGAAGAACUGUUAGCUGAGAAGAGAUGUGUUGCACACCUUACUGGGGAGGGUAUCGCGUAUUGUGACCUACCAGAGGAUACAAUGCUUCCCGGAGAAAUGUAACAGUGUAAUUGGACUGGGCGCUCUACUCCUAGAACCUGUCCUGCUUUUACCACAAUGAGGUGUUGGAUUAGUAAGUAUAGAAUGAAAUUAUUGUAUCAGUUCUUUUUCAGAAUGUUUAUGCCAGAUAUAAUUUGAGCAUAUAUAUAUAUAUAUAGGGUUGAAAAAUUCAAUGCCUGGCAAUUUGAUAUAUUUAUUUAAUCUGAGUUGUGCCCUGCUACUGAUGAGGAGAUUGUACAGGAAAAUGGCAGACCUUAUGAUGUAGAAUAAAGAGAAUUUGAGCA